AUGAGCGCGCCCGAGUCGUACCAGCUCGAGUCCCUCGCAUCGGACGCCGACGGCGCCAAGCCCUCCUCGCCGGCCGUCCAGAUCAACCCGGCCGACGUGCGGUGGUUGAACCGGGGUGGCCGGCGCUGCGAGGCGUGCAAGAUCGUCGCGCGCCUCCUCUCGAUGAUGCUGUGCGCCGUCGUUCUCAUCAUCUCCAUGGCCUGGUGGGCCCGCCCGGAGCUGGACAGGUACGGUGUUUGGAUGUGGCUGGGUCUUCCGGGAGCUUUGCCCCCGUGCCUGUGGGACCUGGGCGAGUUCCUCUCCCUGUGCGCCCGCCGUGGCCGCGGCAUCACGCCCAAAGCCCACAUCGGCGUCGAGCUGAUCCUGUUCCUCAUGACUUACAUGGCCGGCGUGUGGCUGCCCGUCCAGAUAAGGCUGCAGGAAACCGGCCCGUCCGGCCAACUGCGCGGCAAGGCCCUCACACUCGCCACCGUCCAAUACGUCUUGAUGCUUCUCAUCGCGACUAUCCACCUGGCCCUGUUCAUCCGUGCCUGCGUCGAGCGCCGCCGCGAGAUCCGCCAGCGCAGGCCGCGCGUCAUGUACAUCCCCGAGACGGGGCAGACGGUCUACGUCGUCGCCAAGCCGUUCCCCGAACCGCCGCCGCCGCCGCCGCCGCCGCCGCCGCAGCAGCAGCAGCAGCAGCAACCAGCCCGCGCCCCGUCGUUACCCCAGUCGCUCGACGGUCCCGUCGGCAGCAGCCCGCUGCGCAACGCUUUUCAGCAACAGCAGGAGCUGCUGCAGCUCGAGAUCCCGCCGCCGCCGCCGUCGUCAAUGAUCAAGAGAAAACCGGUCCCUUGGGUGCCGCGCAAUGCGCCGGCAGGCGACCGCGACCGGUUCCUCCGGCCGAGCAUGCGGCCGCCGCCGGAGGACUACGUGCCGUCAGGGGAGGAGCUCGAGAGGCGGAAGAGGGGCGACGCGCAGCCGCAGCUGGUGAUGCCGGGGGACGUGGACAUCAAGUUCGCGACGAGCGUGACGGGCAUGACGCCGGCGGACGCGGGGGUGCGCGAGGGCAAGUAUCGCAUGGACGUGCCCGUCCACAUGUCGGCGACGCCGACCGGGGAGCCGUCCGGUAGUGGUGGGGGGAGGACCCGGUCGUUGUGA